AUGGGGUGCAUGGGUGACCGUGAGAAAGGAGAUGUGUCGAUGGAAGAAAAAUGGGACUAUGUGAACCUUGAUGAUUUCAAAUCUGACUCUUGCUGGACCGGGUUUUCUUACUUCUGGCUCUGGGUGUUCCUGGUUGUCUCCAUCGCAGUCUAUGGUGUUGAUACCUUCACCGCCGUCAACUUGCUCGCUUUUUCUCGUUGGUCCGGUCGUGUGGAACCCGCCAUUCCCUUCAAAAUAUCUCGUUGGAUCUAUGCUGUGUGCAUUCUUGUUUCAUUUGCUCUCCUAAUCUAUCGAUGGCUGCUCGCUAUCCGAUCCAUGCGCUCCGGCAGCAUUACGCGCAGCUAUCUAGACCCUCUGGCCGUCCGUGUGCAAAGCGUCCGAGUGUUCACCAAGAAGGGUCGCGGAUGGAAGCGAUUCUUGGUCUUCGCCGAAUUGACAAAAAGCAAGAAAGGCGCUGAAUAUGUGGCUCUGUAUGCAUAUUUUUCAUUCCAGUCCUGGCUGAACCUCGUCUUCGCCGAUGGCCCACGUCAAGUCAUUAAUGCAAUCACGCUGUGGUCUGUCAUGAAGUCCGAUCUCUUGCCAGGGGGAAGAAUGCGGCGAAGGAUGACGUUUUUCAACAAUGUCAAGAUUCUUGCCGAGGAAAACAACCUCCAGGCAGUGGUCUUGAUUGGCAUGCUAUUUACUUUGGUGAUCUGGGUCUUGUCGAUCCUGAAGCUGGCCUCGGCUAUUGUCUUAUACUUGAUCUUCCUCUUUCACCACAUUCCAGCUGAAGAUGGCACACUUACAGCGUACUGUCGCCGCAAGAUUAGCACGCGACUGACACGGAUUGUUCGGAAGAAGGUCAACAAGGCCUUGGCGAGCGGGUUCAAAUUGCAGGAUCGGAAACCCACAGAGCCUAUGCUGGCUGCCCAAGAUACGAAGCCAACCUUGCCGUCGAUUGAUCUGGAUAAGACCCCGGUUGUGAGCACCUUGUCUCGCACUACAACUCAAACCACCUUGCCGCCCUAUACGCGAUCUAACUCCGUGAAAACGGAUCACAACCCAACUCUACCAAACCUGGAAUUCGAUAGCAAACCGCCCCUGAGCCGGACGACAACUCAAGCAUCUGCUAUGUCUGAGUCGGCCUCUUUGACUGGUAAUGCAGCCGGCAUGGGGUUUAGCCCACUCGAUUAUCAGAGUAAUGCUCUUCCUCCACUGCCACCCCUGCCCGCUACGCUUCCUUCUACCAGGCCAGGAACAUCACAGUCGCGGCCUACGCCUGGACUGCCGCUUGCCAACAACUCUGACCGCAACAGCCCGGCUCCUGCAACGCGAAACCUGACUGAUCCCUAUGCUCGAUCGGGGACGCCAGGUGUCGCGGUUUCGGAUGAUUAUUUCGGCCGCUCACAUGCACCUGCUGCUCAUUAUGACCCCUACGGAUCUUCCGGAGCGGACUAUGAGGAUGACUAUGGUCAUGAUUACCAUCAUGAUCGUGAUCAUGAUGAUGACUUUGAUUAUCGUGCAAGGACAGAAACCCCCUUCCAGGAUAUUCGAACCCAGCAACAUUCAGGCUACCUGCCUCAGGAGGGAUAUCCGACCCGAUCCUAUUCUCCCGCCAGUACUGGUGCCAUGCCUCGUGCUCCCCCUGUUGAUACCCUGGGCCGAUCCGUCACCCCCGCAAGCUACCGAAGUACACCUGCUCCUCGACCUGGCCAGGCCAUCCCGCCUCCCCCACGGAGCUAUACUACUCCGAUGAGUCCACCCGAUUCCACCGAAUCUCAAGGGGGCGGAUAUACGGCUUUCAAUCCCCCAACUCCAUCUCAAACCCCUCAGCCUUACAUGCACAGAUCACCUGGACCAGCUGGCUAUCAGCCCUUCAAUCGCGCCAAUACCGUCUCACCUGGGGCUAUGAACCGCAAUGGCCCACCAGCUGGAUACUCAUUUAAUCGCGCAAACACCGAUCAAUUUUGA